GUGAAAGGUUCAGAGUUCACUUUGGUGCACGUGGUUUAAAAUGGCUGCGCCCUUCACUAAAUAAUGAUACAGAAGAAAAUAUUGAAACAGCUAAACGUUUGCAGCACAUAGCUACAUUAGAGCUGAAACAUCGCAAGGGAAUCUUGCUGAAGAUGUCAGAAAACAGCAAUGUCGUUGUACAGAAAGGCACCGGCCGCACAGUUCCCAGAGCUCUGAUCAUUCAAAUGAUGACGGAAAAUUUCGAACGGUUGCCUGAACUUGACAAGAAAAUCUUCACCUAUGGCCCCAUGUACCUGGGAGGUAAUGGGGCAUUUGCAGGACUGAUUGCCAACAGCUUAUACAGGAGAGCACUGAAUGUCACUCAAGGGCGUUUUACAUCAAAUCUCCCAAUGGCUGUCCUACCAUUCUUGACAACAGUGGCCAUGUAUAAUGUAGCUGUAUCCAAACCAUUAUUGUCUGGUGACCUUAACUGUCCAACCUGUGUCCUGAUAAGAGGUGCCCUUGUCGGCGCAGUUGGUGCUGGCGUAUAUCCUAUUCUGUUGGCUUUGCCUGUGAAUGCAGGCCUUGCAACCAGGUACAACACUGCACCAUUGCCAGAAAAGGGAAACGUCCUCCGUUUUUGGAUGAACAUUACUCAACCCAUCUUGAGGAAAAUGGGUGUUGUGAUAGUACUACAGGUGUUCUUUGGAACCUACCUAAGCUCCAGACACUUUGACAGCUACUUGAAGUUGAUUCAGUUGUCCAUCUCAAAUGGCGAGGAGCUUCAGGAUUAAAACCGUUUC